UCCCGCAUAAUGAACUUUCUCUUCUAGGGUUCUAGCUAACUCUUCCGCGAUCUCAACUGCGACUCUACUUACGGCUACUUAAAGCGGAAAGAAGAAGAAGAAGAACGAAAGAAACGAGACGCGAGCAGAGGAAAAGGAGGAGGAAACCCUAACCCCAGCGACACGAAUGAAACUAGCAUCAGCUGCGAUGACUGAAACAGGAGAAAUCGAGAUGGAGAGAGAGAGGAGGAAGAGGAAGAAGAUGAAGAAGGAGAAGAAGAGACUCCUUGCUGCUGAGAUGGAAGCAAUCACCGAAGGAGAUGAAGAAGUAGAAGAAGCUGCCGAAGUGACCGUGGAGAAAGACGAAGAGCCCGUUCGGUCAGACGCGUCUGACGAUAAUGGAGACGACUUCAAUGCUGUCGAAGCUGCUGCUGCUGUGGCGGCGGAGGAGGAGGAGGAGGAGGGAGAAGCUCCCGAUGCGAAGAAGCGGAGGUUGGUGCGCAGCCGCAGCAGCGGCUCUGGAAUCAUGAGCACAGAGCCUUUCUCCUCUCUGGGGUUGUCUGAGCAAACCAUGAGAGCAAUACAAGACAUGGGAUUCGAAAACAUGACACAGAUCCAAGCUAGAUCUAUCCCUCCACUUCUGGAAGGUAAAGAUGUUCUUGGGGCUGCAAGGACAGGUUCUGGAAAGACCCUUGCAUUUUUGAUACCUGCAGUUGAGUUGUUGUAUAACAUUUGCUUUACUCCUCGCAAUGGAACGGGCGUUGUCAUCAUAUGCCCAACUAGGGAGCUUGCCAUACAGACGCAUGCUGUGGCAAAGGACCUUCUCAAGUACCACAAACAGACUCACGGGUUGGUUAUUGGUGGUUCAGCUCGAAGGGGAGAAGCAGAACGGCUUGCAAAGGGGGUGAAUCUACUAGUGGCAACCCCUGGGAGACUUCUGGACCAUCUUCAGUCUACUAAGGGCUUCAUAUAUAAAAAUUUGAAGUGCCUCAUGAUCGACGAAGCUGACCGAAUAUUGGAAGCGAACUUUGAGGAAGAAAUGAAGCAAAUCAUUAAAAUUCUUCCAAAGGAGAGGCAGACAGCUCUUUUUUCUGCUACCCAAACUAAGAAGGUUGAAGAUCUUGCACGGUUGUCGCUCAAUAAGGCUCCAAUAUAUGUUGGAGUAGAUGAUGGGAGGUCAAAGGUUACUGUUGAAGGGUUGCAGCAGGGCUACUGUAUUGUGCCAAGCGCCAAGAGAUUCAUUCUUUUAUAUUCCUUUUUGAGGAGGAAUCUGUCAAAGAAGGUGAUGGUUUUCUUCUCAUCCUGUAACUCUGUGAAGUACCACGCGGAGCUUCUCAGAUAUAUUCAUGUUGAAUGCCUUGAUAUCCAUGGGAAGCAAAAGCAACAGAAACGGACCACCACCUUUUUCGACUUCUGUAAGGCAGAGAAGGGUAUCUUACUAUGUACAGAUGUUGCUGCUCGCGGCCUCGAUAUCCCUGCUGUGGACUGGAUUGUGCAGUAUGAUCCUCCAGAUGAGCCAAAGGAGUACAUUCACAGGGUUGGCCGAACAGCCCGUGGUGAAGGUGGGAAGGGACAUGCGCUGCUGUUUUUGAUACCAGAAGAGUUGCAAUUUCUUCGUUAUCUCAAGGAAGCAAAAGUCCCACUGAAAGAAUACGAGUUUAGCGAAAAGAAGCUGGCUAAUGUGCAGUCCCGUCUGGUGGAGCUGGUGGCAAGCAACUAUUAUUUGAAUAAGUCGGCGAAAGAAGCAUACAGAUCCUAUAUAUUGGCAUAUAACUCACAUUCCAUGAAGGAUAUCUUCAACGUACACCGCCUUGAUCUUCAGGCUGUUGCCACCUCCUUCUGCUUCUCUUCUCCUCCGAAGAUAAAUCUAACAAUAGACAGCAGUGCCUCCAAGUUUAGGAAGAAGCGAAGAAUCGAGGGCAGCCGUCAUGGAAUCAAUGAAAGCAACCCAUAUGGCAACCAAAGGGGAAGGUGAUUUAAAGACAUUUUGUUGGGUGCUAGGCACUGAUCACUGCUCCAAAUAUGUUUUGAUCUAGGCCAAGAGGCUUCGAAAAUUUGGGCAGUCUCUCAUCGUGGGAGCAGUUUCUCAAUGCAAUAGCUACCGUGGAUAGUCUUGCAUUUGUAGGAUUUUGUUUUAUACAUUUUAAUAUAAUUGCUUAUUAUUACAAUUUUGGUUAUUUGUGCUGAUCGAUGGUUGGCAUUAGCUGAGGAAGAUGAUGUAUUGUAGACAUGUAUUAAAUUGAAUUUAGUGCUGAGGCUGUUCGAUA